AUGGCUUGUGCAUUAACAACAAAUGCAGACCACGAAUCUGCUUUGAAAAUUCAGAGUGCAUUUCGUAGUCAUCAAGCUCGACUUAAAUUGAAAAACCAAGCAGUACGGCAAACACAUGAAAAACUUGAGUAUUCCAGUGAACAAACUCAAGCAAAGCUUAGAGAUUUAUUUGUAAAAUUGAUUAAUUCAUCCGAUUUACUUUCUCCAUCUGUGACAAAAUUACUUCAACAAGCUGGAUUGCCUGUUGAGGAAGAAGAACUUCUAAGAUCUACAAAUCCGGAUAAUAUUUCAGUUGAAUCUAGUUAUCAAGGACCAUGUAUCGAAGGCCCAAUUACAGGAAACACACUUAUAGAUUUGAUUGAAGCAUUUCGACAAGGACAAGUUCUACAUGCAAAAUAUGUGUGUAAAAUUCUUCAUCAAGCGCGUGUCAUACUUAAAAGUUUACCAAAUUUCAAUCGUAUUGUUUUAUCUGAUGUACAUCAUGUGUUGAUUAUUGGCGAUCUUCAUGGACAAUUAGCUGAUCUAUUACAUAUAUUCAAUGAGAAUGGACUACCGGGAACUGAUAAUCCAUAUAUAUUUAAUGGAGAUUUUGUUGAUCGAGGUGAACAGUCCGUUGAAAUUAUUCUUUUACUUAUGGUUUCUUUAAUUCUCUAUCCGAAUUCAUUAUUUCUGAAUCGAGGUAAUCAUGAAGAUAUUAUGGUUACUGCUCGAUACGGUUUUCAAAAGGAAGUUACUAAAAAAUAUCAACCAACUCAAAAACCAUUACUUGAUCUAUUCAAAGAUGUAUUUAGUUGGUUACCAAUGUAUUCAUAUGUUAAAACAGGAACAACUAGAAUUAUUAUCAUUCAUGGAGGAAUAUCUGAUCGUAUUGAUUUAACAACAAUAAAUAGCCUUAGAAGAAAUCGAUAUGUUUCAGUGGAAGUACCACCCAAAUCUGAACAUGGUGGAGCACGCUUGACUGCAGAAGAAAAGAACGAAUAUCAUCAGGUAGAAGAUUUAUUGUGGAGUGAUCCGGAUCCUAAAGGUCUUAAUGGAAGUCGAAAAAAUGAUAGUAGAAACAUUGGCUGUUUUUUUGGUUCGGAUAUAACAGAUCAGUUUCUUGAAAAGAAUAAUUUUUCAAUGCUUAUUCGUUCACAUCAAAUCAAAGAAAAUGGCUAUGAAUUUGCACAUCAUCGCAAAGUUAUAACUGUUUUUAGUGCAUCGAAUUACGAAAGAGGUUUUAAUUCGGGCGCAAUCCUACGUUGGAGUUAUAACGAAGACGAACCACAGAUAAUCCAGCAUAAACUUCGAGGUGCUCAAGAUAUGCAAUCAUUAAGUUUUGCUAAACAAGUAACAUUAUUGGCAGAUCCAGUUUAUCAAUCAUUAAUCGAAAAGAUUAUGGCAAAGAAGAGUUCACUUCAAAAAGAGUUUUACAAAGCAGAUAGAAAUCGAUCGGCUCAUUUACCUGUGAUUGUUUGGUCUAAAAUAAUGACGAAUGUACUUGAAACUGAUUUACCUUGGCUUGCUUUACGUUCAAAACUUGUAGAAGAAGAUGCACAAGGAAUUCGAUAUAAUACAAUGUUUGAUGGAUAUGCUUUAGAAAAUACAAAAUUUCAAAUAUCGAAUACAGGCAUUAUGGAAGAUUUAUAUAUGUGGAAAGAUACCCUAUUGAUGUUAUUUAAUUUAAUUGAUUCGAAUCAUUCAGGUUUCAUAAAUGCUGAAGAAUUUGCUGAUAUUAUUAAACUUUUACUUUCUGAUGAAGAUGGUGCCGGCAAUGUUACUCAAGAAUAUAUUGAUGAACUUUGUUCUGCUAUUGAUCUUGAUGGAAAUGGAAGAAUUGAUGCUAAUGAAUUUCUUGAGAGCUUUCGAAUUGUUAAUUCAAAGAACUCACAAAAUUUCGAUCGGCAACCAAAUACACGUAGACUAUAA